GCCGACGUGGCGUUCGUUGAUUGUGGUUGCUGGCUGAGUCAGGGAUCAGAGCUCGCCAUUUUCCUGAUUCUGAAGUUGAUUGUCCCUUUUACUCGUCUACAACACUCUUUUAAGACCCCAAAAUGAAUAUUUUUAGACUUGUCGGAGACUUGUCUCAUCUUGUUGCUAUUAUUUUGCUCCUAUGGAAAAUCUGGAAGACCCGCUCAUGUGCUGGUGUGUCUGGAAAAAGUCAAAUGAUGUUUGCCUUGGUAUUCUCCACAAGAUACCUGGAUCUCUUUACAAGUUUUGUCUCACUGUACAACUCUGUUAUGAAAGUUAUCUACAUUUCCUGUGCAUUUGCGACACUGUACCUCAUGUAUAUCAAGUUCAAGGCCACUUAUGACUCUAACCAUGACACAUUCCGUGUGGAGUUUCUUCUCAUUCCUGUUGCUGGUCUAGCAUGCCUAGUCAACCAUGAGUUUACCAUCAUGGAGGUUCUCUGGACAUUCUCCAUCUACCUUGAAUCUGUGGCCAUCCUUCCUCAGCUGUUCAUGAUCUCCAAGACAGGGGAGGCAGAGUCCAUCACAAGUCACUACCUGUUCGCCCUAGGAGCCUACCGUGCCCUGUACAUUGCCAACUGGGUUUACCGCUAUUAUUUUGAGGGUUUCUAUGAUUUUAUUGCCAUUGUUGCUGGAUGUGUACAGACUGCACUUUACUGUGACUUCUUCUAUUUAUAUAUCACAAAAGUCUUGAAAGGCAAGUCACUCAAACUCCCAGCGUAAACGACAAGAGAUAAAAGAUCAUGCCAUUUGAUGAAUCUGAGCGUCUCUAAAUAGUAUUCAUGAAGCAAAUUUGCCUCUUGGCAACAAGGCAAAUGAAUGUAAAAGGCUAAACAUUUCUAGCCUCAUAGUGGCAGAAACCUCAGCUAGAAAUUGUAAUGCUCUUUUGUUCAGAAAACUAAAAAGAAAACUUUGAAAUAAUGAUAUGUAAAAAAAAGAAUUUAUAAAUGCUUAGUUGCAUAUUUCGUAGUAAGCAGAGGGAUGAAUUUGAAAGAAGGGAGGGAUGUAAUUGUCAUUCUACAAUAGGAAGUAAAUCAUCAAAUUGUUUUUGAGAUUUUCAUAUUUCCACAAUAUGCAAUUCAGUCUGUGUUAUUCUAUGUCAAGAUAAUCGGAAAAAAAAUCCACACCCCUUUUUUUUAAUUUGUUUGUGUGACAAUGAAUUUCCAGUGUAUAUUAUGUUUUGCCUAGUUUGAAGAUCUCAUUGAGUCCAACUGACAAGUGGAAGAAAUAUCUUUUAGAUUAUUAGUGCUGUAUUUAAGUACAUUUUAGACAUGCUUGGUAUAAUGUAGGAGAGUAAAAAGGUUUCAUAAGCA